AUGUGGAAGAUCAGCGCAAGUAAACUGUCUACUUUUCUGCUGAUAGCAGCCCAAGCUGCAGGAUUCAUCUUCAUGAUCAUGAAAAUGCAUUUAAAUACUUCUCCUGUGUCCAAACCAGAACAAAGUCACCUCCUCAUCAUAUCGUCCUGGAGAUCUGGUUCCUCCUUCACCGGCCAGCUUUUCAGCCAACACCCCGAUGUCUUCUACCUGAUGGAACCAGCCUGGCACGUGUGGGGUAAAAUGAGCCAGGACAGCGUUGCGGUCUUGCACAUGGCAUCUCGGGAUCUGUUUAGGUCUGUAUUCCAUUGUGACAUGUCCGUGUACGACGCCUACAUGCCCCAACAAAAGGAUAAGUCACAUCUUUUUCAGUGGGAGGCUAGUCGGGCCUUGUGUUCCCCACCUGCCUGUUCCUCCUUUAAGCGCAACGACAUCAUACCGCAAUUAAGCUGCAAGAUACUUUGCGGCAAGUACCCGUUCGACACCAUCCAAAAAGCCUGCAAAACCUACAAUGUGAUUGCGAUCAAGGAAGUGAGAGUUUUUGAUUUAAAAGUGCUUUACCCAUUGCUUGAGGAUCCGUCUUUGAACCUGAAAAUCCUCCACCUAGUCCGAGACCCGCGUGCCAUCUUUCAGUCCCGCAUGAAUGUGAAUAAUGCGUUGACAAAGGACAGUGACACUAUGUUAGGGGGAGACAAAGUUGACAAAAAGGACGUUCCCUACAAAGUCAUGGAAAAGGUUUGUAAGAGUCAAGAACAGAUAUAUGAAACUGCCGUCUUGGGAAAACUCGAUAAGCGCUACAUGAUGGUGCGCUACGAGGACAUUGUCCAAGACCCGUUGGGGAAGGUCAAGGAGAUGUACGAGUUUGUCAAGCUUCCUUUUACCCCGAAACUUAAGGACUGGAUUUAUAAUUUGACACAUGGAUAUGGACGUGGAGACAAUUUUAUCAUCUCCUCUGUAGAUGCGCGAAACAUCUCCAGAGCUUGGCGGACAGAACUUCCGUUUAAGAGCGUUCGAAGAGUUCAAGACCUUUGCAGCAACACUAUGGCAUUGUUUGGUUACAGAAUUCUACACAAUGAGAGUGAGCUGAGAGACUUAUCUUUAGAUUGUGCUAUCAAUGCCAUAAAGGGACCAGACUGA